AUGGCUGAAUCGAGAAUACUCUCUUCUCAAGCAUCAUCGCAAACAGGAGUCAGCCUGAUAGCCUCUACACAACAUCUCCGUCAGAGACCCUUUACUCGUUCGGUGGUGACCACUUUCUCUGAGCCCUCGUCGAGUCUUCCUGGGCCAGGCAGGUUGCGGCGCAGCUCGACUUUCUCUGAUACUGUUUUAGAAGCCCGCCAGUCCAUCAAGUCUUCGACGGAUGAUCUGAUUUUACCCCGGGUUGAUUCAAAAACUACACCCCUGGCCCAUAACAAUGAGUCGCAUUGGCAGUCUAUUCCGCUGGCGCUGGCGCUGUUGCCAGCCGUCUGGGGUCUCCUCUUUACCAAUGGAAGCGCGAUUGCAACAGAUAUGACCUUGCUGGUUCUGGCGGCCAUCUUUCUCAAUUGGUCCAUUCGAUUGCCUUGGGACUGGUACAGCUCAGCGCAAGAGCUGAACCCAGGACUUCCGCAAGAAGUGGCAUCCGACAUGGAUUUAACUAUUGAGGUUCCCGAAUCCGAACCCAAUAACGACGAGGAAGAGAACAAAAAACAGAAACAUUCAUCUACAAGCUCUCCAACGACACAACCACGACAAUCCGAAGUUGCCAAAGCAGCAGUCAAAGAACUCCGCCGUCACGAACUAGCAGCUCUAGCAUCCUGUUUCCUCUUCCCCACAAUUGGCGCCUGGCUCCUUCACCAAUUGAGAUUGCAACUCUCCCGCCCCUCCGAAGGCCUCGUGUCCAACUGUAACCUAACCGUCUUCCUUCUCGCAGCCGAAAUACGCCCAUUCUCGCACCUCCUAAAGAUGGUCCAGGCACGCACCCUCUACCUCCAACGCCUUGUUGCAGCAAGCAACACCCAAGACCGCCACGAGAGGAUCGACGCAAGCAAAAUCCACGACCUCUCCACCCGCCUCGGGGAGCUGGAAGUCCAUAUCGCUAAAUUCGCCGCCAGCAAACAUCAACACCAACACCAGCAUCAUUAUCACUUCAAUCACCAGCGCCAAUCCCAAUCCAAGCCGCAACUUCAACCGCAACAGUCCCCCGACAGCCCCAUAAAUGACCCCCUCUCCCCAGCCCCCAUUGCUAGCACACCAACCCCCCCCGACCAAAUCUCCACAGACCUCUCAGCCCUCACCCGCGCCAUGCGCCGCUACGAAAAGCGCACAGCCCAAUAUGCCCUUGCAACCGAAACGCGCCUGCAGUCUCUCGAGAAGCGGCUGAACGACGUCAUCGCUCUAAACGCCUCGACGGCGCAGCAGCUCAAAUCCACACCCACACCCACAUCCGCAACGACGACGAAGACGAAAACGACGACGACGUCGACAACAGCAACAGCGCUGGCAGCAACGACACCGCACCGCCUUUCGCUUUUGACGUUGUUGAAUUGGUUGUACGGCAUGGUCAUGCUGCCGGCGCGGGCAUUGUUGGGAUUGAUGUAUUUGCCGUAUCGGGUUGUGGGACAGGGGGUUGGUUGUGUCUUUGCGUGGUGGGCUGGGAGUAGUAGUGGCGUAAUAGUCGUAGAGGAAGCGGAGGACAAGAAGAAGGGGAAGGGAUUGGCGGGGGAACCAAUGCGGGGAAGCCGGGGGGGUGUAAUUACUAGGCGGAAGGGUGGUAGUAGUAGUAGUGGAACUGUUAUUAUCACCGAUGGAGGGGCUGGUUUGAGACAACCCUCUCCGCCAGCUUCGAUUUCGGUUUCGAGUGCGGGUUAUGGAGCCUGCAACUCUGAUUAA